ACUCCUCCUACAGCUGAGACGCUUUAAAACACACUUGUUUUCGGCGCGUUUCCUGAUUUCACUGGUGGUUGGAAAGAGUCGAAUCAGGAUGAUUUUCACGUUGUUUUCAGCGACCACAUGGACUUUACUGGCUCUCUGUUUUACCCUGUUGUUACUAUAUGGAAUUUGGCCAUAUAGGUUUUUCAAAAACGUGGGAAUAUCAGGACCAAGACCUCUGCCUUUUAUUGGCACCUUGUAUGGAGCAUCAAAGGGCAUCAUUUCCUUUGACAUUGGGUGUCAGAAAAAGUAUGGAGAUGUCUGGGGAUUGUUUGAGGGACGGCAACCAGUCCUGAUGGUUUCGGACCCCGAGAUGAUCAAAACUGUGAUGGUGAAGGAAUGCUACAGUGUAUUUACAAACCGCAGGGAAAAUAUGGGAGUGAGCGGACCACUGGAUGAUGCAAUUACAGUUGUUAAAGAUGAAAAAUGGAAACGUAUUCGCAGCACACUCUCUCCAUGCUUUACCAGUGGGAGACUGAAAAAUAUUUUUCCCAUUGUUGCCGCAUAUGCUGAUCAACUUGUUCAGAAACUUGAACAGACAAAUCUGGAUGAGUCCGUCGAUGUCAAACAAUUUGUGGGACCUUACAGUUUGGACACUGUAACGAGUGCAUCUUUCAGUGUGGAGGCCGAUGCCAUAAACAAUCCUGAUGACCCUGUAAAUGUUCACAUCAAGAAGGUUCUGAACUUCAACUUUUGGCCUAUUCUUUUCGCAAUGAUCUUUCCCUUUGGUAGUCAUCUGCUGAAACUCCUUAAAAUUGAAAUGAUGCCCAGACUCAGUGUGGAUUUCUUCUACAACAUCAUCAAGAAAUUUAAAGACCAGCAUAACGCAGAGGAAUCGACACGUGGAGAUUUCCUGCAGGUGAUGAUUCAGAAUGAGAUUCCAGAAAAAGAUAUAAAGAAUGAACAUGAGCAGCCAAGUAAAGGUUUGACUGAACACGAGAUCCUUUCUCAGGCCUUCAUCUUCAUCUUUGGUGGCUAUGACACGACCAGUACCACAUUGUCUUUCAUCCUUUACAAUCUGGCCACAAACCCUGAUCCAAUGAAAACUUUGCAGGAAGAAAUCGAUACCAAGCUGCAGAAAGAUGCUUCUAUUACAUAUGAGGACCUGAAUAAUCUGCAGUACCUGGACCAGGUCAUUAGUGAGUCGAUGCGCUUGCUUCCCACUGCACCUCGUCUUGAGAGAAUGUGCAAGAAGACUGUGCAGAUCCACGGAAUCACCAUCCCUGAAGGAACCCUGGUUGGGAUUCCUGUACACAUUUUACAGAAGGACCCACGCUUUUGGAACUCACCUGAGCUUUUCAGACCAGAGAGGUUCAGUAAAGACAAUGAGAGCGAGGUGAACCCGUAUGCAUACAUGCCAUUUGGCCUCGGCCCUCGUAACUGUGUUGGGAUGCGGUACGCAAUCCUCGUCGUGAAGGCGGUUCUUGUGCGUCUGCUGCAGAACUACACUUUGGAAACAUGCAAAGACACCAUGAUUCCUCUGCAGUUUGACUGGAAGUUUCAACCACUUCAGCCUAUAAAGCUCACGUUUGUUCCCAGAGAGAAGUGAUCCAAGAUGGAAAAGCUCCAAAUGUAAUCUACACAGAUUUUUAUCAGUACUGUUUACUUACAAUGUAUUUUGUGUGCAAAAUUGAAUGAACUGUCGAAUACCAUUUAAACUUCCGACUUUAACUGAAGUGAUGCUCAAUCAGAUGUUUUACUUUAGUAUGUACUUUCAAUAUGAAUGUCUGAAUGUUCAGUAUGUAGAAACUUUUGUAAUAUUUUACAUAUCUCUAUUGUAAAGAACUUAGAUUUACAAUGUGUCAAGGUGUAUGUGUUUAAAUGCCACGAAGAACGUUUUCAGCUUCAAUUUUAGUUGUGCAGAUGAGAGGAAUUUUAAAAUAAAGUAUGAAUAAACACAAAUAGACACCCACUUAAUUAUAAAGGAAAAAUCAUCUUGUCAUAUAUCCCCUGUUGUGGUUUUCAGCUGAUCAUUUCAGACGCUAGAUGACGGCAGAGAGCUAGAAUUCCACCGACAGGUAUCGAUAAAACAGAUUUGAUCAGCUGUGAAAGUUUUUUUCAUGUGUAAAACUAAAACCAGCUUUAAAUAAAUUCCAGAUAAAGUA